AUGCGCGUUCUUCUCUCGCACCUCGUGGUUGACAGCGUCGGGUCGCUCCAGGCGACGGGCUCGGGCAACUCGUUUGGCUCGCUCCUCAUCGAGCUGCCGACACCGUACGAACGCGGCGACCUGACGUAUCCGCACCGUUCUGGCCCGAAGCGCCUAAAGGCCGUGGCACAAAACGCGACGCGCAUCACGACAACGCUCUUCGGCACAGAGCUCUCGUCAGCGCCCAUCACGAGCGGCACACGCAUCGCCCUCGUCUACAGCCUCGUGGCCGACGGUCCCGUGACUCGGCCGUCCCAAGACGCGGCGAUCGCGGAGCUCACGCGGCUCGCAGAGACCUCGCCACUCGAGUACGUUUCGUAUAUGCAGGCCGAGACGGAGGACGACGCGCUCUCGUUCGCAGCGCUCGACUCGACCGACACGGCUCUGGUGGAGGUGCUUCUGGCCACAAGCGCGUUUGACGUCGCACACGUCACCUUUCACAAGCGCGCGCAGCUGGCGGAUGCCGACGAGGUCUAUGGCGAUCCGUAUGUGAACAUCGUUGAGCGCUUUCUUCUGCACCCGGCGUGUGCGACGCCCGCGGGUGUCGCAAAUGGCCUAUCUGGCCUGAGCGUGGACGCCUUUCUCACCGGGUAUCAUUGGUACAUCAGCGACAACUUGGCAUGCUCAGCGAGAGCGGUGCUCAUGUGGCCCAAGCGCUGUCGUGUGUCCCUCCUUGGCCUCCGAGGGGUGCUGCCGCUUCUCCAAGCCGCCGUGGGCGAUCCGACAACCGCCGACUUGAUCGGCUUCUCGACCGCACGUGACUUGGCGGUGCACAUCAUCCCGCUCUUCAUGAGCAAUGAGAUUGAUCGACCAGAUUUUCACUCUGUGCUGCCCAAGGCGACGUCUGCCGUUCGCUACGCCACAACCUUUGCCAGGCUUUUGCUCCAGAUCAACGACAUGGAUCUCGUCACACGCUUUCUCGGUGACGCGAUCAUCGUCACGGAUGUGACGGCGAUCAACGACGCGGCUUCAUGUGUCCAAGCGUGCUUGCUCCAGUGCGGCUGGCCCGAACUGCAAGAGACCUUUACUAGCCUUCUCGCGCGCUGGUACGUUCCAGACGCCAUGUUACUGCUGUCGAGCCUCGCUGGUAUCGCGCUCGAUCGGGUCUGCCCAGCGCUCAACCAGCCUUUUGUGUGCGAGUUUCUCAAGGCGGGCUGGCACUCGGUUCGGCCACGAGCGAUGCGAUACCGACCUCUCGACACCGCGGGCUUUAUGGCCGACUCCAUCCUCCUCGACUGGUACGUGGACGAGCACGCGCCGAAUCUGCCCCACGGCAACUGGCUCAGCGCGCACUUGCCGCCGGCCAUGGUUGUGGCCGUCGACGCUUUUCUCUACCCGCGCCGCCCAGGCGCAUCGACGCUGCUUGCGUCGACAGAGCUCUGUUCGGCGCAAGAUUUGCUGGUCCACUUGCCCAGUGUACUCGCCCGCGUGCGUCGCAGCCAGCCGUCCGUGCAGCUCCAGGCGUAC